AGGGGGUCGGUGGGGGCCAAUCGGUUUGAGUUUCAUAGAUACGGUCGCAGUCUGGAGGUUAACCAUCUGUUUAUCGUCAAACAUUCCAUGCAAACGAGAAGAGACGUUGAUCGGUCCCUGCAGCUAGAGACGGAAGAAGUCUCAUCGACAUCAGAAGUUAGCUUCAGUUGACUGCUGACAGUACUCGAAUAUUCUGUUUCCUAUUUUCCCACCCAGCCAUGGCGGAGGCUCACCAGGCUGUGGCGUUCCAGUUCACGGUGACGCCCGAGGGCAUCGACCUGCAGCUGUCCCACCAGGCCCUCACCCAGAUCUACCUGUCAGGCCUGCGCUCCUGGAAGAAGAGGCUCAUACGCAUCAAGAACAGUGUGAUCACGGGCGUCUACCCCGCCAGCCCCUCCUCCUGGCUGUUCGUGGUCAUCGCCAUCCUGGCCACCAUGUACACACGCUCCGACCCCUCCAUGGGCCUCAUCGCCAAGAUACAGGAGCACCUGCCUGCCAGCAGCCAGUCUCUGAGCAGUCAGAGUCAGGUGGUGGUGUCUGCGGUGGUGUUCAGCACCCUGCUGUGGCUGGCUCUCAUCUUCACCAUGAGGCUCUGCCUGAAGCAGCUUCUCUCCUACCACCGCUGGAUGUUCGAGCAGCACGGCAAGAUGUCCAUCACCACCAAAGUCUGGCUGGCUCUGGUGCGCAUGUUCUCAGGUAGGCAGCCCCUGCUGUACAGCUACCAGGGUUCCCUGCCCAACCUGCCCCUGCCUGCCGUCAAGGACACCAUGAAGAGGUAUCUGGAGUCAGCUCGUCCUCUGAUGAACGACGAGGAGUUUGAGGGCAUAGUGUCUCUGGCGGCCCAGUUUGAGAGCAGUCUGGCCAACCGGCUGCAGUGGUACCUCAAACUGAAGACCUUCUGGGCGUCCAACUACGUGAGCGACUGGUGGGAGGAGUACAUCUACCUGAGGGGGCGGAGUCCCAUCAUGGUCAACAGCAACUACUACGGCAUGGACUUCCUGUUUGUGACCCCCACCCCCAUCCAGGCAGCCCGCGCGGGUAACACUCUCCACGCCAUCCUGCUGUACCACAGGAAGCUACACCGGGAGGAGAUCAAGCCUAGUCGUGUUCCAGGCACGUUCAUUCCUCUCUGUGCUGCUCAGUGUGAGAGGAUGUUCAACACCACACGCACUCCUGGAGAGGAGACUGACACGGUGCAGCACUGGCAGGACAGUGACUAUGUGGUGGUGUACCACCGGGGGCGCUACUUCCGCUUGUGGAUGUACUGCUCCGGGCGGCUGCUCUCACCGCGGGAGGUGGAGUCACAGGUGCAGCGUAUCCUUGACGACCCCUCAGCCCCCUCGCCCGGCGAGGACAAGUUGGGGGCUCUGACCGCCGGGGACAGAAUCCCCUGGGCCAAAGCCAGGAAGCAGUUCUUCAGCUCAGGGGUGAACAAGCGCUCGCUGGACUGCAUCGAGAAGGCGGCGUUCUUCGUCACGCUGGACGACGAGGAGCAAGGCAUGAUGGGAGAAGACCCGGGCGCCAGUCUGGACCGUUACGCCAAAUCUCUCCUCCACGGGAAGUGUUACGACAGGUGGUUUGACAAGUCGUUCUCCGUGGUGAUCUACAAGAACGGGAAGAACGGGCUGAACGCGGAGCACUCCUGGGCCGACGCCCCCGUGGUCGCACACCUGUGGGAGUAUGCACUGGCCACAGACAGUUUCCAGCUGGGCUACAACGAGGAGGGCCAUUGUAAAGGAGAAGUGGACCAGUCUAUACCCCCUCCCCAGAGACUCACCUGGGACAUCUCCACACAGUGCCAGGAGCAGGUGAGCAGGUCUCUGGAGGUGGCACAGGCCCUGGCUGAUGACGUGGACUUCCAUGUGUUCUCCUACCAGGAGUUUGGGAAGGGCAGGAUGAAGAAGUGCAGGAUCAGCCCCGACGCCUUCAUCCAGCUUGCUCUGCAGCUGGCCUACUACAGGGAUCGGGGGAUGUUCUGUCUGACCUACGAGGCGUCCAUGACCCGUCUCUUCAGGGAGGGCCGCACAGAGACGGUGCGCUCCUGCUCCAGCGAGGGCUGUGCCUUCGUCAAGGCGCUGGAGGGAGGAGAGGGGGCGGAGGUGUGCAGGAGGCUGCUCCGUGCGGCAGCAGAGAAGCACCAGAACCUGUACCGCCUGGCCAUGACGGGCGCCGGCAUCGACCGCCACCUCUUCUGCCUCUAUGUGGUCUCCAAGUACCUGGGGUUGGACUCUCCCUUCCUCAACCAGGUGCUGUCAGAGCCAUGGCGUCUGUCCACCAGCCAGACUCCCGUCCAGCAGGUGGAGCUGUUCGACAUGGUCAACCAUCCAGAGUACAUCUCCUGUGGAGGCGGCUUCGGCCCGGUGGCAGAUGAUGGCUACGGCGUGUCUUACAUCAUCGUGGGAGAGAGCAUGAUCAACUUCCACAUCUCCUGCAAGCACUCCUGCCCUCAGACUGACUCUCACAAGUUUGGAGCUCAGAUCAAACAAGCCCUGAUGGACCUGCUGCAGCUGCUGUCCCCAGACCAAAGAGAACCUUCUAGAACUGGGAGGAGCCAGCACGAGGCCAGGGAGGGGAGGAGCCAGCACGAGGACAGGGAGGGGAGGAGCCAGCACGAGGACAGGGAGGGGAGGAGCCAGCACGAGGACAGGCCGGGCCAGGCCAAGAAGGAGCUGUAGAGGAGAACCAGGAAGAAGAGGGACGAGCAGAGGGAAGCAGGAAGUCCAGCGUGGUUGUGUGUGUGUGUGUGUGUGUGUGUGUGUGUGUGUGUGUGUGUGUGUGUGGUCUGGAUGGCAUAAUGAGGUUUUAAAGGUAAUUUAGUUUGAAAGUGUAGAUGUUUGUUACUGUUGGAGCAGACACUGUCCUCUGUCCAUCAGAUAACACAUUUGAUGAAAAAAAGGGUCAAUAUUGGAUUCAACGUUUAAUGGAUUGUUUUAAUAUAGGAUCUUUAAAGAAGGAUUUUGUUGUAUGUAUGUACAGAUAUACAGUUAUAUCUCUAAAUGUGCCAUGUACGACUCUGUACUAUCGCCUAUACUUUCAAACUUGACUUGAUUUCAGUGGCCAGUUUCUCAUCAUAACAACCGACCCUUUGGGAGGGAUUGAUAAUCUGCCAUCAAACUAUAUUUACCAUUCCUAUUUUCAUAAUGAUGACUUGAUGCCCAUUACCCCAGCUUGUAAAAAAUAUUUGGGGAAAGUUAUCUGAGGGGGAAUCAGGUGACCCUCUCCGGAACACUCCCCACAGCAGUGAUUAGAAACAAUAGUUACCAAGGCGACGCAUGUUCCACUGUGAUCAACAAGCAAGUCAAUCUCCUUACUCCAUUACUCCGUCUUGUCAGCAACUAUAAAACACGUACUUCUCAACCUUGAAGCUCCCAAGGUCUUUAAUAUUGAUGUUGACCUCUUAAUCACAUGAUUGUACUGUGGUGUUAUUUGUUGUGGAGAAUGUUAGGGUUGUUCAUGUUGUUAGGGUGACUGCACAGGGAAGACUGGAGCACCCAGACUUCAUGUUGUUAGGGGGGUGACUGCACUGCUAAUGGAGCCCACUAGAGAACCUGCUUGUUCAACUAUAAACUUGUGUUAUGAAUACAUAGAUAAACAAAUCAGUGAAUUAAAAAUGCCUAUAAAUGUUAUUUCAAUGAAUCUUUUAUAUAGCUCUUCAUAUUCUGUUUUUGAAAUUCUUGAGUCCUGUGUUGAGGACUUACUGAACCUCUUCACUACAAACCGCACAUUUCUGUCAGGUCAUGACUGUGCUUCGUGUCCCAGUUAUGUUACUUCUGUGUUAUGGAAACGAUGCAAGCUGAUAUUUUAACAUUUUGAACGGGAUGGUUUAGAGUG